AUCAUUCGCAUGGCUUCCUAUAAAUCUAUUUUAGACGGACUCCUUGAUUCAGUCUCAAAUAUUGUGGUGGCCAGGAUUCGCACCUUAAAAUAAACAUACAAUGAUUCAUCUUUGAAUCGAUUACCUGCUAGUAGUGAUACAAAGUUAUCAUUGCUUGGAGCAAAACAAUUUCAAACCCUUGCCAAUCAAGUUGAACAAUUUAUGUAGAGUAUUUCUCUAUCAUAUCAAUAAAGAGUUACUGAACGAAUUCAACCAAGAGUUGGAAGAACAAUACAAGCAUUCAAUCAAUAAGCAAUAUCAGAGACCGUUAACUGUAAAUUACAUAACUAAAUUAGGGCACUAAUGGUUAAGAAUGUCAACGAGAACAAAUAAAGGAGGAACAAGAAAAAGGUCUCGUCAUCAUGUUCCAUAAUAAGCAAUAGGAUGAUGGCGAAACUACUCUCAAAGUAAUACGAUACAUUUAAUACAGUUUAACCAUCUCAAAGAUUUCUUGUACUAUGAUAGCAAAAAGGCCAAAUAAGUGCAAAACCUAUCGAUUGAAUUCAAAUCAUAAGGCAUGACUGACAAUAACAUGGAACACUUUAUGAAAAAAUUCAUCCAAUUUUAUAACAUUGAACAUUUGAAGCUAAACUUAGGCUGGUACAAUUAUCCCAAUACCUCUAGCAACUCAUUGACUGUCGUUGGAGCUAGACAAUUAGCUGGUUGUUUCACCAAUCUGAAUCGCUUAUCAUUCAUGGAUGUUUCACUUUACAACAAUAAAAUUACAUGGGAAGGAAUCGAUGCUUUAAUGCAUGCUUUCAAACACCUAUACAAUUUAAAAGAUUUAAAUUUGGAUGUUUCCUGCAACCCAAUUGGAAACAAAGGAUUUGUAAUUGUUUCCAAAGCCUUGCCUGAGAUGAGGAGAUUACGCAAACUCUGGUUAUCUGCUUAUGAUAUUGGAGUUAACGAUGAAUCAUUUAAAAUAUUUAUAAAUGAAUUCACUAAAUUGCCUCCUUUGCUAAUAGCGAAGUUUGAUUUUAAAGUGUAAGAAUACCUUUCUAUUUUAGUAACCCUUUCAAUAAGAAAUUAACUCAAGAAUUGCAAAAGAUAAUCCACGAGAAAAAGAUUAAUAAUUACGAGAUAUUAGUAUGA